AUGGAUGAACUUUUUUCUGGCAUGACAAAGUUAGAUGAACAGUUAGAUAUGUAUCUAGGGUCGCUGAAACAACUGAAAAUGUUGGACUUGUCGACUGAGGAGCUUAAAGAUCAGCAGGAAACUCUACAGGCAGCCAUUAGUAACCCUCAACAUCCUCUUCACACAGUCCAGGCCAAGUAAGUCAUUCCUUGGAAUUCUGGGGAAAAAAACUUCCUAAAUUCUCUAGUUAUUGAUAUUUUUACGCAUCAGCAAUAAACAAAAUUGCCCUUUCAAGUGGCUUUACUUCUCUUUUGUACAAGCGUUUUUAGGAGAGGGUGCACUCGUCUCUUGCUCUACUUCAACACCAAUAAACCACGUAGUUUUUUUUUUUUUUUUUUUUCAGAAUACCAGUUGUAUUAGAAAACCGCAGGUCAUCUCAGGAAGGGGGGGUGCGCACCCCCUGCACCCUCCCCUAGAUCCUCCCCUGUCAGGGAAAUCCCGACUCAAGCUGUUAUACGUGUUCGGUUUAUUAUUAUGGAAAUUUGGACUUUUUACUUGACACGCUACAAGUUUCACCAUUUAAGCUAUUCCUCCUAUUUUUUUGGUGAUAAGAAUUAUAAUUGUACUUUUCCCCCAAGAUUUGAUGAGAAAAAGAAGCUGUUGACUGAUCAUGAUGCAGUGUUACAAACCAUUUCAGAGAAACUUGCUGAAUGUCAACAAUGGCAAGCCCAACACAAGGUACAAAAACCACUACCCUAGCGAAUGGAAAUUUUUAUUCUUCUUGCUGGAACAAGCCGAUAAACAUGAUCUUUCCAAUGACACCUCAACUUUUACAUGCAGGUCCAUGGUCCUUGUACGACGUGUGACGUUGUGACUGAUCACGACUCCAGUAAUAACUUAUCUUGCGUUGUAAAUAUGUCUGUAACCCCAAGAGCAAAAAAAAGGACAAGUUUAAACGCAGUUGGACCAUCUGUUCUCCUUAGAAGACUAUUAGGGUUCUUGAUUACACUCAACCAGUCAAGUUUUUUAGUAAUCUAUGGUGGUAGCUAUUUUUAUCAUGUAAUGCUGUGUCCCUUCAAUGGCGUUAAUGUGUUAAUGAUUGCUUUUUUCGCGCCUUGCUCUUGCCGUCUACUGACGAACUGAUGUGUUUGUUGUUAAAAGGCUGCAAUGGUGACAGUUCAUGGACCACAACUGGCAUCUCUUGCUAGUGAACUUCUUCAGCCACUGGAUCUAGGUACGGUAACACGUGAAUCAGUAUUUAAUACCUGCCUUACACAGCAUAGGUAAAUCUAAAGUAGAAAGUCAUUUACAACGCAAAGCAUGAAAGAACUUUCAUAAAAAAAAUAAACAGAGAUCCGGCCAGGCAGCAACAAGACAAAUUUAAAAGACGGAGUGGCUAAUAAGCACCCUGUGUGACAUAUUUAGGCUAUGAUUAUUUUUUGAAGGUGUGGUGCUAAUCAACAGCUAUACUUCAAAAUCCCAAGAAUCUUGAAGCAUGCACUGCACAUGCCCGGCCCUCCUGGUGCAUAUUAUCCAUAGUCAGCAAUGAAAUGACUCAGUUGCGAAGCAGCUGAUAAACAUGGCUGUCAUUUCAAACUUCAGUGACUAAGAUCUUUCAUUAUAUUGCCUCCCAGGUCUACCAAGUUUUGCUCCAGCCAUCAGUUUCCUUCAAGGUGCUCGCCAAGGGCACAUAGUGAACCAGGUGAUUGAAGCAUUCAUCAGAAAAUGGUGCAUCAAUGCAUUCUUCCCUCCACACCCCUCCAAAAAAAAGCGAUCAAAAUUGACGACGGCGGCCGGUUCGAUUCACAAGUUUCAGUAUACAUCCGUCCAGCCUGUCCAUAGUGCAAUGUAACAAAACGUAAUGUAGUACAAAAGCCACUUUGGAGUUUUUUUAUAGUAAUAACUUUAAAGAGGAAUGUACCAGCUGCUUCUGGUAAAUUUCCUCUGAUAUUGAUACUCAUGUUUGAUGAUCAGCUAGGACUGAAUCUUGGUGGCAUUGUCCCUUAACAGUCAAGGACGGACAAGUUCUCCCUAUUUUAAACACGUAUGAAUUGACGAAUUGUAAAUUGAUUCCCUCCGCAGAUUAUGACUUUAAAACGCUCCUAUAGCUGCUCUUUGAUUGGGUUUGUUUUAUCUAGUUUUGUGCUAAUGUAGGUCUUUUGUUUAUAUUCAGUGUGAACAGCUGGAAACUGAACUGUCGGGCCUGCUUCACCAGCGACGCACCAUGUUCCGUACUUGUCUGGAUUUGCUCCAUACCUAUGCUACUGUGACAACUCUUGUAUGUGAUAAGAUUUGCUGCUUUUUAGUUAUUUCAUUUUUAUACAGUAACGUAAAACCUUCUGGGUUUGAGGAUUGUUAUAUUAAGAUUGUGAAUAUCACAUUGAACAUAACACACCCAGUUUAUUAAUCUACGAUGUGGUUUGUCUGCAGUUUCCGCCAGAUUAUGUACAACAGAACAGGAGUUACGAGUGGCAGAGCUGGCUUCAGUCAAUAGUACAAGAUUCGUCCACAAAGAAGUACGAGUGCGAUUAUAUUUUUUUAAUGUUAUUGUUUUGUCCUGUUUUGUUUUUGGAAGAAGAUGAGCUUGCGUUAACUGGUCUCAACUUAAUCAUGAUCUCCCACGGUAAAGAAAUGUGACAUGUGACUUGACUUGAGAAAGUUAGCGUGGAUAAAGUCUUACAGUUCUCCUUUUAAGAUGGGUGCUGUAUGAUGUUGUUGUCUUUAUGGAAUGGUAAUUGUAAAGAUUUAUAUUUUUCCUAUAGUUGCCAAGCUGUGCUAGAGACAAGUGAAAAGGUACACAGUAAGCCGGUAGCUGACAGUCCUCUGACUCUAGCAGAAGUAACUGGGUUUAUGGCCAUGGAGGUGAAACUACAGAGUAGUCUGACAGAGCAGAAUGCCAAGUUUAUCAAGGUAGUUACUGCUGAUAUUUUUUAUAACCUUUCUCUCUCAGACUAAGUAUCAUCCAGUGUUUUUGGCCCCCUUUGCAAAUAUACGUGUUGAGUCUAAGGUGAAAAUCAUAGGGCUGUUUGCCGUUACCAUUUAAAGAAAACGCUUUCAGCAGUGAGUUUGUAGAGUACUAUUUGGUUCAUUUGGUAGGGGUUUUUACAAAAUUAUAGAUAAUAUUGUGAUCUUAUUGCGUAUUUUCUAGUUUUCUGAGCGGCGAAAGCAAGAAAGUGUUGAGACAGCGUUCCUCAGCAAAGCUGUCGGUGAAGCAUAUGCAGCUUUAAAGAAACAUCUUACUGGUAAGAUUGCUUAGAAAAUCAUUGCUAUGUAUAGUACAAAUAUACUUGUGAAAAUUUCGACGAAACACAAGGCUGAAACUGAAGAUUUCUUAUGCCAUGCCUUCUCAACUAACUUAGUCAACUUUUCUUUCUGUAUACUCCCUCUCUCCUUCCCCAAUGUUGAGAAUAGCUUUUAUUUGCAAAUGGGUAACACGUGAAUCAACAUUGGCGAGGGCGUAACGGAAGUAACGUGACAAGUGUUUCAACAAAUGUGGCAAAUGUUGUAGAUAAGGCAGUAGUCAUCUGGAGAAAGGCCAAAAACAUCCCUACUAUGCUACUUAUGUCCACAAGAAUGAGUUUAACUUUGUCAUCUCAAGUGAUGCACAAAUCCUCGAUGUAUUAUCAUUAAUCGCAUAGAUUUGGCAUACCUCAUGAAUUUCCCAGUACAGUUGCAUUUUGUUAGUUAGGAGUGUUGUGGUUCUUGUAACUAACAGAUAUAUUUGACACUGUUUUACAGGGAAGCAGCAACCCACAUCUUUUCGAUGUCUUGCUUGUGUACUGAUUACCGCACUUUGCUCUCUGAAUAAAAGGUGUCUCGCAAUGGAAAACACAGCAAAAGGUUUGGAAACUAAGAAAUAUAUAAACAGUUUUCUAAAAGAAAACUUUGUGGCUCGCGUAGCUAGCAGAUGUGGCUGUAUUCCUUAUUGAUUUUGUUCAAAUCAAAAAUUCAAUACAAAGAGAUAUAGAAAGUCCGGCAAAGUUUUCGGAAACCAUCCUAAUACUUAUCUUUUUGUUUUCGUCACUGAUAUUUGGAGCCUCGUUUCGAUGAUGAGGCUGAGGCGUACUCCGUAAAUAGUUGGGUAGAUAUUAUACCUGAUCUAGGACUAGAUGGGUUUCGAAAGCGUUUGACGGAACUAUCUAAAUUUCGUUGGGGUAUGAAGAAUUAUUUCUUUUCCAUUGAUUGCUCUUUAAGUGAAUCUCCAUUCUCUAACUUAUUUGGUGAUGUUGUGAGACGUGAUAUUAAACAGCAUCAUUCAGUUGACAACCAGUAUUGUUUUUCGUAUAGUGGCCAAGGACAGAUUAUCUGAUCUAACAUCAAGAGAGGGAGACUGGUUUCUUGACGAGCUGUGUUCCAUGAGUGGUAAUGUUAAUCAGCUUCUCUUGCUGCUCAAGGAUUACCCCUUGGUAAGUGAGAGGCAAAUUAUUACUCUUGAAUUCUUGGCGGCAGGGCAAGUGAGCCCUUUGCGUUAAAGAGGCACGUGUUACGAAACACUUCGCUGACCUCGUCCAGGACCUUGACAAGAAAGGAAAUUAGCUUAUUAAGUGAUUCUAGCUCUUUGUUUCCUUUGCCCCACUUCGUCUCUUGUUCUCCGGUAUGGUGAUUUUGGCCCAUGCGACUGUUUAGCUGCAAAGGACCAAAUCUCCUCUUCAUACGCAUAGACGAAAUACCGUAAAACUCCGAAAAUAAGCCCCUCCAUGUAUAGGCCCCUCCAAAUAUAAGCCCCCCAAACUCGUAACGCAAAAAACCCUCCGUUAAAUCGCCCCUCCGAAUAUAAGCCCCCCGGGGGCUUGUACUUGGAAAUUGCCCUCAAAUACAAACUAAAAUAAAGCAAAAACGAUCAAUUUACGUCCAACUAUACGGCUAGCCCAAUCGAUUUUGAAACGCAAAUUUCCCUCCAUAGAUAAGCCCCUUCAAAAAUAAGCCCCUCAAAAAGGGCCUUUGAAAAAUAUAAGCCCCGUGGCUUAUUUUCGGAAUUUUACGGUAACUUGGAAGGAAAUUCUUGGCAGUUUAUCCAAAGUCCUUUAAGGCUAUUUGCCACUCAUCCCUUCAGUUAAAAAACGUUCAGAAUGGUAAAACACCUUUUGGUCUUGCUGUACCCCAAGAAUCCAAAGCAUCUACUAUGUGUUUGCCUAUUCUUUGGCAACAGGAGGUAAAAGAGGAUCAACAGUCCUUGUUAAGCUGGGCGCAGAAUUCCAUGAAAGCUGUCUUGGGAGUACAGAAGGUGUUUGUGGCGUUGCAGGUACAGAAAGAUCUUCAGUUUCAGUUUUUUUGUUGCGUAACCUUGUGAAUGAAUUUUUUUAAAAUCCAAAGAAUGCUAGACUGACUGACGCUGUUUAAUCAAUAGGAACUGAUGACAAAUUUCAGGACAAUCAUUGUUCCAGAGGCAGUGAAAAGUAUCUACGCCGAGGAUCCAACUGUGUUUGCUGUUGUCCAACAGCUCGAAAAGGUGGUGUGCUCACAAAAGAUAAACUUGAAAGAACUGGCUGACAACAUUGAAGCUCGUCUCCUGGAAAGACAUGCAGCGACCGAGGUUGGUUGACUUAACAUACAGGGACAAAAAUUUAAAUUUAUUCUUUUGGCUUCAGCCUACGACGUCAGUUAUUUAGAGAGGCUUGAAACGAACCUGCGAGGCUGUCGGUCUGUAGAGAUGUGCUCAUCUUUGAAAAUGUGGGUUCUGUUGAACCAAUCGAAGGUGAUGCUAGUCAAGAAAACAGUCACUGUCGUUCUUAUCUCUAAGACGCGAACUGUUCCAGUUCGGACCGGCCCCAAGUGUCCGCCCACUAAACUUCGAAAACGUACAUCAUCCUCCCUCCCACCAUGGCAACGACGCAGUUCCCUUAGACCCACCAAGCCCCUUUAUUCCAUAGCUACAGUCGGCGACAAAAUGAGUUGAGACACUUCGCCCAAAACUGGGCUUUUUUACGUUUUAUUGACUUCAAAAGGAGGAAAUAUAGCUUUCCUCCCCCAUCCCCUCCGUGCAAUGUUGUGCCCUUGUUCUAGCUACCUAUAGAAAACAAAAACUCCCCAACUUUGAAUGGAGGGGACAGGGGAGGGGUGCGGAUUCUUUUGUUCUCCGAAGUUACCCUAUUUAAGUACAAUGUCUCAACAAUUUUGUCGCCGAUUGUAGAUUGAACUUUUUUAUUCGAACCCAUUCUUUAAUCGGUUAUAUUGUAGGAAUUGAAGGUAAUGCAGACACCAAAUUGGUUGUAUAGCUCUCUCUUCUGCCAUCCUUUUCUCUCGCACUACAUCUCUCCCGCUACCCAUAUUGUCGUCUUGAAAUUUUGGUAACUUACGCCGAUUUUGCUGACCCUCUUUUUAGGUGCAUAGUGCAGAGGAGGUCGAUACAGCAAUCCAAGAAAUAAGUGCUCAGUUUGAGAAGCUGCUACAUACCAACAAAAACUCCGGAUCAGAUUCAGGUAGAUUAGAAAUAUAUCAUUGAAAAUAACACACCGCCAUGCAAUUACGUUUUCCAUCUACUCGUGUCUGAAGCAUCACUUGCCCUGUAUGUCCUAAUGUUUGAUUUAAAGGUGAUCUUUCCUCUGUUAACUUCCUUUCAUAGAACGGCAGAGACGGCUUUUAAUGUUAAUCCUGUGUGUGAGCGUACUAACAAGGCAAUAUACAUUUUUUUAUAGCCCUUGAACCAGCUUGCACAGUCAUUUUCAGUUUGCAGUUCAGUUAGAGCGAUUAAAUACUGCUUUGUCAGGUUCUCCCUUAAUAAGUGUAUAUAGUGUUUAGAUCACCAGUGUUCUUUGCGAGAUAGCAUUUCACUCGAAUCACAAAGUGUCCAGUGUCCGUCCUAAGUGGGCAAAUUGAAGAAAAAAAUGUGCGAGGUCUUCUCCAUGACAAACACUAUCCGUGUUAAGCCUAAAGUGGGUGACGGCAUUAAUCCGGUAUUCUUAAAAGUGAUGUUACACGGGGACGAUUUUCAACGGUGAUUUUUAGCCCAGCACAACGUUGCAGUGUUGAAACAGUGUUGUAGCUAUUCGAAACAGUGUCGCAACAAUCAUGCAACGCUAUGUUGCGCUAAAAAUCGUCGUCGCAAAUCGUCUCGUGUAACGUCACCCUAAAGAGAGGUUCAACUGUAAUGGAAAUGUUAGUAGACCUUUGCCCAGUUGUUCGAACGCGUGUUAGCACUAACCCAGGGUUAAAUUUUAACCCCGGUUUCUUUACCUUUUUAUCAAAAGCACUCUCUCGGAUAAUUUUCUCUACUCUUUUUAGAGUAUCCAAAGAUCAAAUUGUUGGCAAAGAGAAUUUAACUGAAUUUUCUUUUUAAUCUCUCAUAUCUGAGUUCAAAUUUCGCACUUACCCAGGGUUAUCUUAACCCAGCUUCGAACAACCCGGCCCUUAAUAAUAAUGGCAAUUUUCGUCCUUUGUUUUGGGUUAUAAGGCGAGGACAGUAGCGGCUCCAUGACUUCAGGUCAGAUGUUGCUUGCAGGCUUCAAUGGACUCUUCACCAAAGUUGCGGGUGAACUUACAGACAUGUUCACGUCUUUUGAACAAGUGCACUUCGAUAAGUUUGAGCUGCAGUUUGAUAUUGUUAAAGACGCACAAGAUCUUCACGUAAGGUUUUUCUUAAUAACGUGUAUUACACGGGAUAAGCGUAUUCCAAGCAAUUUUCAUGACUUUGUUUAUGUCACCAAUUGGUGCAGUGCGCCAGAAGAUUUUGGCAUGUUUAUAAAAUUCACUACUGCCAUUUUAAAUUAUUUAUAACUGUUCACCUUAUCAUUGACAUAUUGAAUUGUUCCGAAGUGAGUUAUUCUAACUUGGUUAAGAAGGGGAAAAAGACAGUAAUAACAAAGAGAUGCAUUCUUCUCUUUCAAAACCUUAUCACCGUGCAUCGAUCUCACAAGUCCACAGACACUUCAGUUGAAAGAAAAGUACUCGCUUCUGAUCGGCUAACGAAUUAUCAAAGUAAGAUUCCCUUUGUCGUGAACAUGUCUCGUGACUUGUCAAUAAAAGUUGGUUAACCCCCUUUAAGUUCGUUGUACUGUAAUAAUUCGUGAUGUCUAUGUAUCUACCACCUGCGAAAACAAAUAAGUAUAUACUAUUUGCGAAAACAAACCAAAUCGAGUUAGCAGAUAGAUUUUAUCUUUUUAAAGAAGGCGCUAAAUCUCACAAAUGUACCAACAGGCAACUAAUAGAAGUAAGAAAAGACAGAUCUGUUACCUGUUUCGUGCGACACGUGCUGCUUAUUUGAAACGCUAUUUACGCUUGUGCUAAGAAGUUAAGAUGAGUUGUUUUGUAUGCUUUAAAGUACAGUGAUGCUAUAACUUUAAUCUAUUCUGAAAUACUUUUUUUCUUUGUCUCUUUUAGCUGACAAAUGGUACUAAAAAUGCUGAGCUCCUCGGCAAGUUGUUUUUCCUCAAAAGGCUGGAAGUUAUCAUUUCGUUCUUCAAGAGCUGUAGGCUGCUUACACUUUCUUUGAAAGGUACCUGAACUAUCUCUGUUUACAAUUUUGACGUUCUUUCCUAAGUAAAGGCAAAACAGUGAAAAUUAGAAGGAAAACAUGUGAAAGGGAUAGUGCAACCUGUGGUAACUGGUAAGCAAGCAAUCUCUAGCCAAGGCUUAGGUUAGAUAAACUCCAAGUACCUAAAAGAUCUAGGAAAAAUUUGAUCUACCCUAAUUCUUGAUAUGUUUAACUGAGGAACUAUAGCCUUACUCAAAAAUCUUUUGCAUUCGCUUGUUACAAUUCGUUUUUUUGUUGUAAGGACCUAUUCGUUGUGGUGUGAGUUGUUUUACUAAGAUUGUUUUGGCUUCUUCCGACCCGGAAAAGGGUGUCCUUGUCCGCGUACAAGGUGUGCCUUGUUAUGGGGGUUCAUUUUACAAUGUUUUAGUAUUAAAAUAUAUGGGGACCGCAGCUAAUUGUCCUGUAGCAGAGGUUCCACUGUUUUGACCAGAGUUCAUUAAUCUGAGCCACAAGUUAAUUGUGCCUUGAUUUUACUCUGGGUUAGGUGUGUCUAGUUCAGGGAGCAAACAAGGAGCCAUAAAUUGUUCAACAAAUGCUUCACACAACUUGUUCGCCAACACAAACAACAUAUGUGCUGAGACCAAAACAUGGAACCCAGAUACUUGUUACAGUGAAGAUGAUCUGGCUUUGCACGUCAAGCAUUUCAUAGCUGAUUGCGUGCAGCAGUGCAUCAUGGGCUUGCCAUCACAGGCCUUAGCUGUAGUGGUCAUCACAUUCGCCAACAUCUUGGGAAAUAAGAAUGAGAGUUCCAGUGAUGAAGGUGCUGUUUCUCUCGAGGAUCAUUGCAAGAAGGUACGUACCUUUACGAGGACUGACUGACCUGUAAACUAGCUUUAUAGCGGAGCUCCACCCGCGCGCGUGGGCAGAGCCCCAUAGCUAAGGAAAUGUGGUAAUCUACCCAUCGCAGAAAAUUUGGUAAUCACGUGACCGUACACCGAGCGAGCGACCGUCCGUCCGCACCACAGGCAUACCAAUGUAAAAUAACUCAAUCAACAGGUAUGGGAACCCAAAUGCAACUCAAGGUAUUAUUUGGAAGAAAAUCACAUGGCCGCCCGGACUUUUAGAAAGAAAAAAGUCGUGUCUUUUUCGGCGUUAUUUUUUAUGUGUACACUAACGUGGAUAACAGAGAAAGAGCUAGACCGAGUUAUUAAAAAUUCGAAGGAAGAAAAACAUGAUAAUUCAAAGCGGCGGUGAGAAAAUGAGAAAUGUUAGCGGCCAGCAAGGUGAAAAUGAGCGGCAGUGAAAAUUAAAAGCGAACAUGAACACUGGAAACAAAAUAUUGGGUAAGCACAUACGACAAUUUCUGCAUAAAAAUAGUGUGUAACUAGGAAGUUUGACGUUUUAGUCGUGCAAAACAACGGCAAGGGAAAGACAAAAAAGCGUGCUGCACGUGCAAAUUUGUUUUUUGCUAAUUAGAAGAAAAGUGUGCUGCACGUGCAAUUUGUUUUUUUGCUAAUUAGACCUAUUAGUCUUGAAGCCAUUGUCACUGUUGUCCUCCGUUUAGCAUUACACGAUUUAAUUUUUUUGUUUACACGUAUUAUUAACCAGAGCUUCGCUUUUAGCCCUGGCUAAAUCUAUAUAUUAGCUAAGUGUUAGUCACGUUAAUAAACUAUGUUUGUAUGUAUGAGGACAGUAAGGAGACGGUAUGGCUGAAUAGCUUCGGACAGUAGAUUCCAACUUCCGGGUUUAAAUCCUACUUUGGCUAGGAUGGGGUAGUUCACUGUUGCCUUGGGUUAAACUCCUCGGUGAUGCCUUUUACUUGUAAAUAGGAUUGCCUCCAGCUUGUUAACAUUCCUUCUUGUUGUUUUAAGCUAGCCUUUACCUUCCCUUCUCCCCGCGAUUUUUUUACACUUUCCCCAAACAGAGAGCCUGUUCACAGGCUAUUUUAAGUUUAUUGCAAUAUUUCUCUUUAUCCACAUCAUUUUUCAUUUGCAUACUUCAUGGCUAAAUGUAACCUAGUACUACGGUUAGUACUAACUUUUCUGUUGUUAAAAGGCAUUCGUUAAGGAUCAACUUUGUUUGAAAAUAAAAUUAACACUUUUCUGUUUGGUUUGCUAGGUUGUUGAUACCAAUGUAUCCAGUGGGUUCAUAAAAUCAAAACAGCUCUCCCAAAUGAGCACCUUGACAAGUUCCUAUGAUGUGGCGUGGAGAAAGCAUGAUUUCGCUAAGUAUGUAACGGAUGUUAUCCCUUACACCUUUUCCCGUUCAUGGCGAGUGUAACAGCUACAUACUGCAUAUUAAAGGUUUUUUUUUUUUUUUUUUUUAUUGCGUGGUAGUCGUUAAAGACAUAACCUAAUCUUUGAUUGUGUAAGAAACAGCCGAGCUUUUGAAACCCAUCUUGUUUUCAAUGAUAGCAUCACUUCUGUGCGGCCCUUAAUGCAAGUUCUCUUCUUAGGGAGCGGGAGGAUAGCCCUGGUUGGGUUUCAUCACAAGUCCUCGCCAGCAGCUUGGCAGUUAUCAUUUUGUUAACCGUACAAACAGGAAGACUUAAUACAUUUUUAAAAGAAAUUCUUUGUCACUUGUUUAUCAGAAUAAAUGGUAGAACUUAUUUUACCUUCGAGUUGCUAACAAUGCUAAUUAGUGACAGAAAAAAGCUGGAAUAAAUCCAAACUGUUAUUUUGAUAUUUCUCGUUUACUAAAGAAUUUAAAAACCUACGCUUCAUGACCAAUAAUUACUCCAUAGUCUGAGACUCAUGCUUUUCUUAGUCCCUCUCUCCGCGUUUUGUCUUUUCAAAUCCCCUCUUUUUUUACCCCUAGGUAAGGCCUGAUGUUAAGGUUAUUUACGCCACAGGGACAUUCCAGAAAAACUAGGCGCCUACAUUAACAUAUGUAGUUGUUAAUGAAUGUUGUUUCUCUUUCAGACGCCUGGAGAGCAACAUGAACAUAUACAAAGGUGUCGUACAGAGGGCACAACUUCAACUGGCAAGAUUUCAGGUAACGAUUAUUGUCUACGGUUGAAUUUUUGAGGAUGUUUGAUGGGAAAAUCCAUGGUUCGUGAACGCAUUGUGUUUAUUUUUAAAACUGCAUCGAUCUAUUUAUAAUAAUUAUUCUAACUUUUACUUUGAAUAAAGGUGGGUAAUUGUGUAUGAAAAUGCAUUUUCGAGAUUCUAUUUCGGCUGUUAGGUACAGAGCGUACUCCUCUUUUUCCCGCAUACUAAAAGAACUUUUAUCAAGUUUGUCAGUGAAAUGAGUGAUCCCAGGAACUGAGUGCUAAUACUCUAUAGCUGCUGACUCUAAUGGUACCAGUUACCUAUGACCUAACCAGGCUCUUUCGUCCACAUAGUAAGCAAAUUUAAGAGAUCUGCUAAUAUUAGACGUAAGUGAUAACGUUUCUGCAAAAGCAUAAUAGCCCCUUGUAAAGUAUAUUUGUCUGUAUGUUAUAUACCAUUAGUGGCUGUAUGAAGAUGAAUUGUUACAGUGUCCCAUGCGUGGAAACAACAUGAUCACACCAGCUAGAGCAACAGUUAUGGCUGACCUAAAGAAGCGUGUUCAAGGAUUGCUUCACAUGGACUCGCUCAUCAAGGCAGUGGAAGAGAAAUUUAAUGCACAGGAAUCCAGUAUAGAACAGCGCCUCAAGUGGGCAGCCGGUGCGAACCCUGCCCUGAAUCCAGUGCUUCAGAACUUCGAGCAGACACUAGCUGCGAGGAAGAAGCUAAUGACUGUAAGUUCAUAGUGAUGUAGCAUUCCAGUCAAUAAUUGACCCGCCUUAAACUGUGAGCCAACUCUGUGUUUUUACCAGUGUAUGCAUACCACAUUUUUUUUUGUUCGGCUCGUCAUUUUGCAGACCUACCUUGAAGAGGAUCUGGCUUUUUUGUUUGAAGUGUUAUGCAUAUGCCAUGUAUCUAGAAAACACAUUUAAGCGUGAUUCCAUAUUAAGAAUAUUUAUUAUUGCGCCUCGUUAGUUUCUAAUUAACCCUUUCAGUGCCAAGUGUGGCCAAGGGCAAAAUGCAACAAAAAUUCCCAAAUUUCGUUUUGUAAAAUUUUGGAAACAAAUAGCACCAUUUGAAAGUACAGUCAGUGUGAUUUCAUUUGAAUGGUCACAUCAUAGGAUUUCGUCCACAGACUCAAAAGUUUCAACUACAUUAAAAGACUCCAACAUUCACUCUGGCAGUGAAAGGUUUAACGUGCGCGUUUCUCGUUUCCAGGUUGAAGGGAAACAUUCUUCAGACAUAUGUAGCUUGUCAAAUGCAAUUCUACACUGUGAGGCGUUACGUACACAAACAGCAGAUGCUCUUGCGAUAGAUAAUGCUAUGACUGGCUUGGUCAAAAGGUAAUUAUUCUUGAGUAAUUUGUGCCGUUUCCUUUUUGACGGAGAUUGACCUCUAAUUAAAUCUAAUUGUGCGUAACCUAAGAUCUCCCAAGAAUACGGAGGAAGAAAAUUUUCGUUUAUUUGCUUUAUUUGCUUGUCUAUUAAAUUUUGGAAAAUUAUUAGUUUUUACUUGAAAGUUCUGAAAAUAUAGUAACGUUCGUAAGGCUAGUGCUCACGACGUCCGCUUUUCAAUCUCUAUAGGUGGCUUUCACGUUACGUCAUCGCCGCCAUGCUGGUGGACGGUAAACAAAAGAUCGCUCAUUAGCUCGCUUUGUUUGUCCACCAGCAUUUGUUUAUUUCACCAUUGUUAUUAGUGUCUCCCGAGACUGCAUGAAAACCACCUAUACGGCUGCGUUUUCACCUUCUUUCCGAGUGUGACGUCUUACUGAGGACUUCAGCACCCUUCGACUAGUAUGUCUCUUUUUGACCUUGGAACGUUGUUGUUGUUUUGCUCAUAAGACGUUUCGUUUUCUGUCGAUGUCGUUUUGUAAGCUCUCUAGUCUCAUUGCAAAUGGGUGUGACUCCAAAGACCGUUUUAUAUAAAUGAUCACACUGUAUGAUGUUUGUCCGGUCUCGGUAUUAGGUGUCUGCAUAUAAAUUGAGGACUCUUUGAUUGAAAAUGGUUGGUCAAAAACUAUGACGUGGUCUAAGGUGGACCUUUAGUCUGCUACACAGCCGUUUUUAGUGUCGUCACGCAACGCUAGGGGGAGGAGCGUUGCGUGACGACACUAAAAACGGCUGUGUAGCAGACUAAAGGUCCACAAUGUUCGUGGUGAAAGUUUUCUGUAAGAUCGAGACUUACUCAUCUCCUUACUAUUAUCCGUUAGGCCUGAUUGUAUAGUUAUUUUAGAGUCAUGCCACCAAAAAAAGGGAAACAAGAAACGAAUAUAUGUUACUCACCAAAAUCUGUUGUCCACGCUCUUUUGCCUUGGAUUCGACAAAGGUUAAACGAACUUUAUUUUUAUUAAUUUUAUUUAUUGCUUUCUCCUUAGAUGUCAGCAAAGUUCUGCCGAGCUAGAGAACUGUUCGAAAAAGCUUCAUGACAUUGCAGAGGUUGCAAAGAAAGUGAAGGUGUCAUAUCCGCCGGAAGCACCCAUUACUUUGGAGUGGAUGAAAAACAAGUUAGAGACCGUUGGUCAGGAUGUGGCCUCCAUCAAGACUAGGAAGUCACAGGCUACCCAAGCCAUCAUGAGUAAUAGAGUAAGUUGAUCAAAGAUAGGCAGUAAGUGAAUGAAAGUAGAGAAAAAUUAUAGAUAAAACGAUGUUUACUGAAGUAAAAUCUCAAACGUUUGGGAACACUCGCUGAACAUUAUUAAGAAGAAAGUGGCACUUCCAGUGGCUGCCUAUUUACCAGUUGGAGGAUAUGGAGGAUAUGCAAGUUGCGGUUAGUAGAUUGGGUCUCCCGGAACAAGAUAAAAGACUUUCGUGCAGAUGCUCAGGAAAACGUCAACUGUAUGGAGCCCUAGUAGCUACAGUCCACUUAACGAAGUGAUUGUUUGAACAGAGAUACGGUUGACUCUCUCUUAACAGACACCUCUGUAAAACGGACACCUAGAGUUGGUUCCUGCCUUUCUUUAUUCCCUUUAUUCGACUCUUUAUAAGACGGACACCUCUCUAAGACGGACACUUGGUACCGGCCCCAGAGGUGUCCGACUUAGCGAGAGUUUACUGUACAGUGGAACCACGUUAUAAAGGAAUUAUCUAUAUAUAACGAAGUCCUCGCCAUAACGAACGAUAUUCCUCACCAAAGCAAUAGUAAAACAUGAAAAAAAAAUCUUGAAAUGGCGAUCACAUUUUACCAAUUGGCCUUUCGUUAUGUCGUGGUUCCACUGCAAUCAUUUCAUCUUCCCUAUCAUCCGCCAGGAAUCCAUCAAGUCACAGGCCAGUACAGUGAAAACAGUUAUGGUGUCCCAUCAGCAGCUCAUUGGUGAAGUGAAAUCCAUGCUCACCACAAUGGCAAAGGUAAGGUUUUCAUUUCUCGGGUAACGUUCAUAUUUUGUUGUAAUAAUUUAACUGAUGGAGCCCAUUCCUUGUAAGCCCGGUUGUUUCCCUUGGGCUUCCCCGCCAUGAGCUUUUUAAAUACCGUAUUCUAGAAAAUUGACAUUGCACUUUAUUAACGCGAUUUUAAAAAAUUCGCUAGAUCCAUUUACAGAGGAAUAACCUGAACAUUAACAUAGCUAACAAUGACUGCAAAUGCUUCUUUUUCUCGUUGACAUAUAUGUAUGUUGAGAUUUUGUAUGUGCAGCAAAUUUGUGUUGAAUAAAGUAAAAAAAGAAAAAAUUCGCGUUAAUUUAAUGCAAGUAAACCUAACUUUUAAAAAGUUCGCGUUAAUUUAGUGUAACGUAAAUUUUUUUCGCGUUGUCAACGUGCAUUGUUAAUUUCCUAGAAUAAGGUAUUUAGAUUUUCUUCUUUCUGUACAUCUUAUGGCAAAACAAUAAACUGAACUGAACUGAACUGAACUGAACGUGUAACAAGAAGCAUGAUAUGAUUCGAGUUCCGCAAUUGAGUGGCUUUUUUUAAUGAUUGUUUAUAUUGGUUCAGGAUGAAGAGGCUGCAGAGUCCCGCCCAGCUAAGCUGUUUAUAUCAACACACAACCGCCAAUCAGAGGAGUGUUCUCAGCUUAUUAAGAGCAUCUUAGCAGGUGUGUGCACAUUUCACUUCAACAGUUCCUAGUUACUCAGAUCACGACUGGGUAGACACUCAAAAGCUUGCUUUGGUUUGCUGUGAUGUAUCAAGUUCCCUAAGAGAUGCUUCUUUCAAUAUUCACGAACUGAAUAAAUCUCCAUGUUGUGUGGUGUUUCUCUAUUUUAUAGUGUGUUCUGGAAAGGUCAGUGAUGGAAGGGACAACUUAGAAGACAACAUAAUAGAAGUAAAAGUCGUGGUGAAGUCCAUCAAAUCUCUGGUGCAGUGGUAAGUUAUGCCCCAUGCCUGUACAAAGCAAACCAGUUUUCCGCCAUUUGCCUGCUAUGUAUCGAGCCGUUAGUUCAAUCAUUAAUAUACCGCAUUAGCUAUUUCUACUUAUCAUUUGUGUUGCUUGUGCCACUGGGAGGCUAAUGUUUAAUCUGGUACCGAGAUCUCUUUUCGACGAAGCCAAACAAGAGAUCUGGGUACGAGAUUAGGUAAUAACGAGGGUGGGGUGGGUGGGUGCUCGAGAGAAACAGGAGCAGGAAUCCACUAUGAUUAUCAGACGUUCAAAACAAGUGGAAAUCAGCUGAUUGCAAGUAGCUUGAUUUGUACGUAGCUAAAUUCCUCUAAGUUGAACUUAAAAUUGAAUCACAUGUGGUUUCAAGUCGCCUAACGCCCGGUUUAAACGUCGCAUUUCUCAUGUACCGUCUCUAAUGCAAAUGAGCGAGAAGAAGACAAUUUCCUCGCUAGCAUUAAAUUUGGCACAUGUGAAAUGCGACGGUUAAACCGGACCUUAAGCACAAUAGCCUUUCACGCAAAGGUUUUUAGGGCUUCGUCGCACACACAUGUUCCUUCCCUCCUUCCUUCGUGAUGAAGGAAGUGCAGAAACCCUAGAACGUCUGCGUCGGAGGCUAUAGGUACAUUCACAAAAUCAGUGAAUGUGAAGUGAUGAAACUGGUGAGACCUUUCCUCUGUGUAGUUUGUUUAUUGGUUCUUAGUUCUAUACAUCAGUAUUUGUUUAUUAUUUGUAGGGUUCAUGACCACCUUCUGUCGCUGGCUUCACCUCUUGUUCCUGAUGAGUCUGGUUCCAGUGGAGGAAAAACACCCAUUGCGGCUCCACCACCCACAUUUGCAUCAGGUAACUAAUAACUUGAACUGAAUUAUUUUCCCUUUGUCAGCAAUAGUCUCUCCACAACUGUGAAAUAUAUACUUUGUACAACAAAAAUGCCAUGAUAUUCUUUUCUUUAGGAAGAAACCCUCCUAAUCCUCUCUCUCUCUCCCCAGCUGUAUAAAAGAACCCUGCUUGUGGGCAGUAGCCUCAUACCUCUUUUAAACCUAAAAUGUUAUAAUUUGAACCCAUUUGCGUUGCAGCUCUGUUGCUUUAUUGCUAGGUUUCAUUUUAAAGUCCCAAUAGUGACCAACUGACAAUAUCAAUACAUUGUUAAGAAAUAAGGUUAUGAGAAUUAGUGAAAUGAUCAUCAAAAAGGAAAUGCCGUGAUCUUUUAUUGAAUUCUGUCAACUGAUUCUUAAAGAAAGUCUAUAGAGUUCAGUUUGGAGAAUUUGUAUGUGGAUAUUAGGGCUUAGUGGGUUAACUUUGUUCGUUCAUUGUCAUCCCAACCAAUCCUGUGAGGCCUUGUUACUGCUGCGAGGAACCUCCCUUGGCGAGGGAUGCGGUACUAAAUGCUAAUGUUUGGCGAUUUGUUGUAUUUUAAAUCAAAGUACUGUAGUUCCCUUGAUGAGCCUUCAGUAAUUGGUGUGGCGUUGUUUAAAGUGAGUCUGUUGCAUUUCUCUUAUUCUUCAGCUCUUCGCCAAGGUGGCAGUGUUGCUGUGCAAGGUAGUAAAGAUCCUGUGGCAUCAGACAGUGCUGUCUCUUCUCAUCCAGUUAUCCUACAGAGGGACAUGACAGCCAGUCCAUCCGGCGGCGCUGGUUCACCAACUGCUUCUUCCAGACAGAUGGCAGUGGCAAGCCCUAAACGAUUGUCAACCACAAAUCUGGCAAGAGACCCCAGAACGGGAAAAGGUACGUGUCUACCUGUAGUAUAAGCCAGAGUAGUAUUUAAGCAUUGCGUUGCGCAAUGCGAUUCCCACUAUGUGUGUGUAUGUUUGGUUAAGAAUUGUGAUGUUUUGAAUGAUGAUGUUCAUUUUUUUUUCUCUCGAACUCGUGAAUAAUUUAUAAAGUGAAAAUAAAGAACAUCAACGCCGUGAAGGAGAUUCAUUUAAGCUUUGCUCUGCUUCAUUUUUACCAUCCACUUCUCGGGGUCUUGAUAUUGGGAGAAACUUUGUGCGUUAUGUGUAAAGAGGAAAGUCCUGUUUGCUUUGUGGUUCAGGUACGUCUUGUUAGUAUCUCAAGACCGUCUUCCCAAAAAUAAAGCUAAAAGACAUAGAUACUGGUAUAAAGCAUGAUGAUAGUGUUUCAUAGUCGCUAAAAGGCAACAGUAACUUGUUACAUCCGUACCAUGCAUUUUAGUCAACGCUGCGAUGGUCGUUAAUUGUGAUUUUUUUAACAGCUCUUCAAGAGAGGAAUACCUAUGCCAUCAGUGUAUGGCGACGCGUCAAGUCUAAGCUGGAUGGCAGAGAUCAAGAUAAUAACAAAAAAAUGUCCAUUGCAGACCAGGUUAGUGAACUGUUCACCUGUCACUUGAACUGUGAACAAACUCUUGAUCGAGAAAUUUUAAGGGUGUGAAAACAUGAUUUCUCUUCUGUGGCUAAGUUGGAAUGGUGGUGGGGUAUGGUCGACUUAGCGAAUUGGUCAAGGUUACGCUUUGUUCUUGCUUCACUACGCUCUUGAAUAUUGCUUGCCCAUUCACUCAUAACAGUGGUCAAUAUAAAGAUUUUAGAAAAUUCAGAAUUUUUGUUUUUUGAAGAACCGAAAUAUAGUAGUGCUUGAGAGGAUUCGUUUAAAGGGUAACACUAUACAGUAUUGUAUCUAAAGACGCAAACGUUACAACAACAUUUUGUCCCUCUGUAACUGACCUGUAUGAGAAAGAAGGGGUUAAAAUCGCUUAUGAUCUAAAUGAAAAGGACUAAAAAUACUUUAUUCCGUGAUUGUUUAGGUUGACUUUGUAAUCCGUGAGUCACGAAGCUUGGACAAUCUGAGCCAGAUGUAUGAAGGCUGGACAGCAUGGGUGUGA